GGUGUACAUAUAAACACGACCGGGCACUGAGACAAUAGCUUCUCCCCUCACCAAACCUCAAGUCUUGCCGGUUGCCGCCGCUGCAGUUUCGUACAGGCAGCUUACACACCGGCCGGCCGGAGGCGUGCAAAUCAGGAUCGGAGCUUGGAGGAUGGGAGACUACCACAGGAUCCACCCGGUGACGGUGGGCUCGCCGCCGCCGCCGUCCGCGCCGCCGGAGCAUGCCAGGGGCAAGAAACCCAGCCACGACCAGCUGCAGCUGCCGGUCACGGCGCCGCUGCCCCCGCCGCCGCGUCGCAGCAGGCGGCGCCACAGCCGCCGCUGCCGGUGCGUGUGCUGGACCCUGCUCGCCGUCGUCAUCCUCGCCGUCGCGCUCGCCGCCACGGCGGGCAUCCUCUACCUCGUGUUCCGGCCCAAGAUCCCCAGCUUCCGCGUGGACCGGCUCACCGUCACCCGGUUCGACGUCAACGCCACGACGAUGACGGUGACCGACGCGUUCGACGUCGACGUGACCGCCACCAACCCCAACAAGCGCAUCGGCAUCUACUACGACGGGGGCGACGUCGCGGCCUUCUUCAACGGCACGCAGCUGUGCCGCGGCGACUUCCCCACGCUGUACCAGGGGCACCGGACCACCGUGCAGCCGCGCAUCACGCUCACCGGAGAGACGCGGCUGGACAGCGCCGUCGCUGCGCAGCUGCUGCGGCAACGGCAAGACGGGUUUGUGCCAUUGACGGUGCGCGCCCGUGUUCCGAUCCGCAUAAAGUUUGGGGCCAUUAAGCUAUGGAAGAUGACAGGGAAGGCUGAUUGCAACUUUGUGGUCGAUAAUCUCCAGGCAGGCACUCAGCUUCGAAUCCGAUCCAACAGUUGCAGUUUUAAGCUUAAGAUCUAGGCAUCUUUUGCUCAUCAUUAUAUUACUUCAUUUUUUUUCCACGCGCCGUGUACAGUGCAUUAGCUAUCAAUAAGAAAGAUUAUAUAUAUCUCCGAUACAUUUAUUUGAAUCCAUUCAGCCUCAGCUGGUGGUAGAGAUGUACAAUUCCUCUCCAUUCUUUUCGGCUUGUGUAGUCCUCAUUCAUUUGAGUGUAAUAAUUAUUAUACCAGCCAUGCAUGAAAUUAUUUUUAUAUAUGUUAAUAAAGGAUUUUGUUAUCUAUAA